UCCUCCAAUUUUUUUUUUUUUUAAAAAAGACAUUUUUACUCUCUUUGUUGAUUCUCUUCAAGCUCUAGCCAUUUAGGGUUUUUUGUUUUUGUUUUGGGUAGUCUCUAUGAGUCUCUGGAACCUAUUUUGCCCACUAAUGUUCUUGGGUACGCCUUUCUUCUCUUCUAUCUUGGGCAAUGAGCUUGUGCAAUACAUAGUUUUUGUACUCGGACGUUUUAGAAUGAAUCAAGGAAGAUGAGUCUCUCAUGGUGUUUCAGAACAAAGUCCUUGCAUGAUCUGAAGUACUUCUUGUUGUGUCUGAAAUCUGGGACUAAUAUCAGCAUGAGAGAAGCUCCACUGUUUAAAAAGCUGUAUUGAUAAAGUAACUCAUUGCAAAUGGGAUCGUUAGCGGGUGCUUGUGAAAUUGUUGAGGAGAAGGAUGUGGUCAGGUUGGCUAAACAUUCUAGCAGAUAUUGUGAGACAGCAUUGCGAUCAAGCAAAGAUAUGGAGCGUCAUGCACUAAAACAAGGUUCUAUGGAGUAUGACAUUGAUCAGCUUUUCCAGUCUAUAACUAUAAAACCAUCACCCGGGAGAGUGAUGGGCUCUUCUUUUCAUCAUCUUGAGACGAGCGCAAGCGCUGGUCCGAGCAGGAGCACAAGCCCUUCGAACAAAAGUGCUAUGAAAAAGCCCUUUCCCAUAGGUCCACCUCGAUCACCAAGAGUUGGUCUCUCUGACUCAAUUUCACUGAAGCAGGCCUUGAGAGAUCUUUGCAUAUCAAAGGCUUCAGAAAUGGCUGCUCAGAAACGGUUAUCAAAAUCUGCAGCUGCAUCUCCGAGGGUUUCUGAAGCAGACAAGAUACAGAGUCUUUACAGACAAGUUUUGAAUGAGUCUGCUGGCAGGUCUGGUCUUCCUGUGGACAAGGGUAAGAGCUUGGUUGAAAUAUCUUUGACGCCUGUAGAUGAUAUACCCAGCUCUUCCCAGAGUCUGCCUCAGCGGUUUGAUGUCAUUGAGACAGAGGCUUCGAACUCCAUUUCUGAACCAUCUCAGGCUGAAAUCUUUCUCGGCGUAAAUGGAAACAGAUCCGGAUUAAAGGCAAUGGUAGAGACUUCCUCGCUGCAUAAAUCCAACAUAUCUGGAUCUUCUUUCAGUUCUGCUAGUGGAGAUUUUGAGAUAGAGAUAGAUGAAAGUGCUGCAUCUCCUCCUCAUGUGGUCAUUGAAGAUGGUAUAGUAGAAAUAGACAAACAUGUUAACUCGCUGCCUUUGUGUUCUGGCAGCAAAGUUGAUGCUGAAGAGCUAGACAAGAGCAUCGUCUCAUCAGCUAGAGUGAAAAGUGAGCCAAAUGCUCUGAACUCAGAGCUAAUAGGGAGGUUGGAUAACACAUCUAGUUCAGGAACAGACAACAGAAAAUCGGUAAGCAAGGUAACAAGAAGUAAUAUCCCACGUCCCAAACCCCGGCCAAAAAGAAAGCUUUUGGUUAAGAAGAAGUUAAGAAUCGCUGUAGCUUCUGCCUCAAAACUAAUCGACAAAGAUGAUACUUCCACAGAGCCUAGUGCAAGUGAACUUCUGUGCCAGAAAUGCAACUGUGCGUUGAAGAGCUCCAGCACUGACAACCACCCGCCCACAAAUACUACUUAUAAUACUGAGAAAUGCUCAAACGGCUCUUUCUCAAAAAAUGGCAGUAUAGAAGCAAAUCAGGGAUCACUCGCAAGCUCUCAUCUCAUUCGCAUUGUGAAGUCUAAUAAAGAGGCCAACAAGGGCUCCUCCGAUUCUUGUGGAAAAGGUGAUACGGAUGAGCAGAAAAGAGAGAAUCCAACUUUUAGCGAAAAGUUCGAAUUCUCUUUGAGCUCAAAGGAUAGCCUAGGGGAUUACAGCAGCAGCACAAGCAUGAGUGAAGAGAGCAAUCUGAGCAGGUUUAGCUGUGGCAAUAAACCUCACAUGUCUAUGGAUGUGAGAUGGGAAGCAAUUAAGCACGUCAAGUUGCAGUAUGGCUCUUUAGGACUCCGACAUUUCAACCUUUUGAAAAAGCUUGGUUGUGGAGAUAUAGGAACAGUUUAUCUUGCUGAGCUGGUUGGUACAAACUGCCUGUUCGCCAUAAAGGUCAUGGACAUCGAGUUCUUGGCCCGGCGGAAAAAGACACCUAGGGCACAGGCGGAACGUGUAAUCCUUAAAAUGUUGGACCAUCCUUUUCUGCCUACCUUGUAUGCGCAGUUCACUUCGGAUAAUUUAUCGUGUCUGGUAAUGGAGUAUUGUCCCGGUGGUGAUCUUCAUGUCCUGAGGCAAAAACAGCUCAGUAGGUGUUUCUCCGAACCAGCAGCUAGGUUCUAUGUAGCAGAAGUCCUUCUUGCGCUGGAGUAUUUACACAUGCUUGGUGUUAUAUACCGAGAUUUGAAACCAGAGAACAUUCUAGUCCGAGAAGAUGGUCACAUCAUGCUUACAGAUUUUGACCUCUCACUCAGAUGUGCGGUGAACCCGACUCUUCUCAGAUCAACUUCUCCACCCGGGAAAGAUCCAGCAAGAAUGUCGGGUCCAUACAACACAUCCAACUGCAUACAACCUCUAUGUAUUGAACCAUCGUGUCGGGUCCCAUGUUUCACCCCUAGACUGCUCUCAUCAACCGGAGGCUCAAGAAAACCGAAAAGGCCUGAUCUUUUGACACAACAGCUGAGAUCACUGCCUCAGCUUGUGGCUGAACCAACGGAAGCAAGAUCGAAUUCGUUUGUAGGAACGCACGAGUACUUAGCACCGGAGAUCAUUAAAGGAGAAGGACACGGUGCUGCAGUAGACUGGUGGACGUUCGGUGUCCUUCUUUAUGAGCUCUUAUACGGGAAGACACCUUUCAAAGGCUACGACAAUGAGGAGACACUGUCCAACGUUGUGUUUAAGAACCUCAAGUUUCCUGAUAGCCCGCUUGUGAGCUCACAGGCAAAGGAUUUGAUCAGAAGGUUGCUUAUGAAGGAUCCAGAGAGCCGACUCGGGUCAGAGAAAGGAGCUGCAGAGAUCAAGAGACAUCAUUUCUUUGAAGGGUUGAAUUGGGCUCUCAUCCGCUGCGCUGUACCGCCUGAGCUACCGGAUAUCUAUGAGAAUGGUGCAACGGAAGCGACUUCUCCUCAGGGGAAUAAUGAUGGGUAUCUUGAAUGUAAAGCCAUGGGAGAUCAUCUUGAGUUCGAGUUGUUUUAGGGGAUAGAGAAAAGACAAAGAUGGUCUAAGUUGUUGUAAUACAUUUCUAAGUCUAAUAAGGUAAGUUUGGCCUCUUUUUCUUUACUUUUCCAUUGGCGUGACUGCUUUGUUUUGGGAUUGUGUCAAAGGCAAAGCAAUGUCCUUCAUAAAGGUUGAAGAAAGAAGAAGAGAUUUGGGUCGUUUAGUUUAA